AUGAGUCAUGACAUUUCAUGGAUUUACUGCAAAUCUUUGCGAAUUCAUGUGAUAGGCAGUAGUUUUCCGCUCAUUUGUGUUCUUUCCUUGUUCGUCAAGAGCAAGUCGGAGAGCUUCGAGCAGGAUUUAAAAAUUCUGAGCACUCACCACGCUGGCCCAGCUCACUCCUCAACGCCUCAAGCUCGAAGGCUUGCAACCUAUCGACGCUUUACCAGAUUCUGCUCUACCAACACGGCUCACAGAUAUGACCGCGUACAGACGAGUCCUUCGAGCCUCUCGGUAUUCAUCAUCACUGCACAUUCCCCAGUGGACUCUCACUACUCUGCUUUCACCUCUAAUCAUAUACCAUACCCCUUCUUCAACAUUGUCCCCAACCCCCCUCGCUGUUAUGAUCCCGCCGGCUCGACGCCAACACCGAAACUCUGUCUGCAUCGCCAAGUUCCUGGAUCGAACCACAAUAAUGACCAGCACAUCCUACAAUGUCCCGCUGUUUCAAAUUCGAGUUACGAUACUAGAAUAUGGGUGACAGCGUUGAAGAUUAUUGAGAUCAAGAAUAGCGAAGUAUCCAUGGGCCAUGAAUGGCACAGGUUACAGAAAUUAAGCAGCAGAUUGUCGAAUCUGAUGCCGGUGUUGCCUCGAACAGUUGCACGAGAGGUUGCCAAGUGCUCUAUGUCACCUACAAUCGGGCGUUUGAAGACGUACAUCGUCGUCGAGUUUUGUGAAUGGGUCAUGCGGAGACGCCUCUCCGGGACAUGCUUCAUGAUUCUUAUCCCGGCGCAAGAAAUGAAGACCAUGGCCAGUAAAAGUAUUCUAGGUGAGAAGAUCAUCCGUGAAUGA